AUGUCUUUCCUUCAUAAUCAUUCUUGUGAGUGCGUUAAGUCAGAAUUGGAUUUGUUUGCACUACCGUCUACACAAACUAGCAUUGAAAAUGGAUUGUGGAUUCAUUAUAAACCAAUUUCAUCUCUUGGUGAUGAUGGACCUAUCGAGUUUCAAGUUCCUGGGACCGGCGAUGACUACAUAGAUUUGUCUCAUACAUUACUCCACAUAAAGGCAAAAGUAUUAAAUCAAGAUUCAACUAACUUGGUAUCUACUACAAUAGUAGCACCUGUAAAUAAUUGGCUGCAUUCACUUUUUAGUCAACUUGAUGUUUAUUUAAACCAAAAACUUGUAUCACCACCUAAUAAUACCUAUGCAUAUCGAGCAUACAUGGAAACCCUUUUAAACUAUGCCCCUGCUGCUAAACAAUCUCAUCUUACUUGUAGUCUUUGGUAUGAGGGUACAGCAGGAAAAAUGGAUUCUACAGAUGGUAAAAACAUAGGAUUUGUUAAAAGACAGGAAUUGAUUAGUGAAAGUAAGGAAAUAGAAAUGAUUGGUCAUCUUCACGGUGACAUUUUUAACCAAGAUAAAUUUUUAAUUAAUGGUGUUGAAAUGAGUGUUAAAUUGGUUCGAUCAAGAGAGAGUUUUAAUUUAAUUGUUGGGUCAAACGAUGUAAAGUUUAAAGUUUGCAUUACGGACGCAACUCUUAUUGUUCGACGAGCACAAAUUAAUCCAAGUGUAUUACUCGCACAUCAAAAAGUUUUAACUUCUACCACUGCUAAAUAUCCUAUUACUCGAGCUGAAGUAAAAGUUUUAACAAUUCCUUCGGGUGUUCAAGGAAAAACUCUUGAUAAUAUAUUUUUAGGACAGGUACCGAAAAGAUGUAUAAUUGGAUUUGUGAACAAUUCUGAAUUUAAUGGUUCCCUUACUAAAAAUCCAUUUAACUUUGAAAACUAUGGUAUUAAUUCUUUCAGCUUAUAUAUUGAUGGUCAACAAAUACCUUCAAAAGCUUUGCAACCAUCUUUUAAUAAUAGCAUAUUUACAUCAGCAUAUCAUACUCUAUUCUCGGGAACUGGUAUUCACUUUCUUAAUGAAGGAAAUGGAAUCUCUUGUGAACAGUAUGGCAAAGGUUACUGUCUAUUAGCAUUUGACUUAACUCCUGAUUUAUCAGCUAACUCAUCAACUCAUUGGAAUCUCAUAAAGCAUGGUAGUGUAAGAAUAGAAGUACGAUUUGAAUCCUCAUUAAUACAAACAAUUAACUGUAUAGUUUAUGCUGAGUUUGAUAAUAUUAUUGAGAUAGAUAAAAACAGAAAUGUUACUGUAGACUAUAGUAGUUAA